AUGAACCUACCAAGCUCCUUACUUUUCCUUUCCAACCACCCUAGGUGGACUUCAUCUCUCCUCUUGCUCUUUCUUCUCCUUUCUCCAAGCAAAGUGUGGACAGCCACCUUCCGAAUUGGCCUGGUGGGACCUUGGACUUGUGACCCUUUCUUGUCUAAAGCCUUCCCCGAGGUGGCUGCUCGUCUGGCUUUCUCUGACCUAAACAGAGAUAAAUCUCUGACCUCAGGCCUUUGGUUUGAGCAUACACUAUUAACCCAAGGAUGCUCGGCCCCGAGGGCUUUUGCUGCUUUCGCUCUUAUGGAACAUUCUGCUGCUGCCUUUGUUGGCCCAGCCAACCCUGGAUAUUGUUCUGCUGCAAGCCUACUUGCAAAAGGCUGGAACAAGCCAAUGGUGUCAUGGUCCUGCCUCGGGGUUCUGAGCCCUCUACCAUAUCCAGUCCACAUUCUGUACACGGUACUAAGCUUCUUCCGCUGGGCUGGGGUUGCAGUGGUGAUUGGGCCACAAGAGCUCUGGGCAGGAGCUGGAAGGGAGCUGGCGGAUGCGCUCCGUAGUUGGGGAUUGCCAGUGGGACCCGUAGUUACCAUGGGAGACGGGGCAGAAGGAGCAAGGGAGGCACUGAGGAGGUUAAAAAGAAGAAGAAGAGUAAGAGUGGUGGUGAUGUGCAUGCAAUCCGUUCUGAUCGGUGGGGAAGACCAGCGUCACCUCCUGGAAGUAGCCCAUGACAUGCGCUUAACCGAUGGCUCCGUGGUCUUCAUUCCUUAUGACACUCUACUGUAUAGCUUUCCAUAUAACCGCCCCAACUCAGUGUUUACCAACAACACCAAGCUCCGAAGAGCGUACGACGCCGUACUUACUAUAACCGUUACCUCUCAGCAUGGGGACUUUUACGAGACGUUUAAAAACGCCAGAGACAAUGGCGAAGUGCCACGAAAUAUUGACCCAGUGGAGGUAUCUCCACUCUUUGCCACCAUUUACAAUUCCAUCUACCUCCUGGCCACAGCGGUAGACAGAUCCUACAAAUCUGGGCAAAGAGCCACGGCCACUUCCAUCGCACACCACGCUCCGAACCUUCACUUUGAGGGCUUUGGGUUUCCUGUAUCUCUUGAUGAAGACGGAGACUCGGAGACCCCCUAUGUAAUCCUAGAUACAGAUGGAGAAAGUGGAAAAUUUAAACCAGUAUAUGAAGUUCUACCAGCCAAAGGAGAACUCCGAUAUGUAGGGGAAAUUCAUUUUCCAUUUGGCUACCGUCCUGGAACCGAUUCUGACUGUUGGUUUGAUCGUACCUCAAUCUGCAUCGGUGGAGUGGAUCCAGCAUUUAUGCUUUUGGUUUUUAUUUUGAUUGCAAGUUUCGCACUCACUGGAGCGUCUCUCUCAUUCUACAUAAGGCGACGAAUCCAGCAGGCAAAACUGCUGAAAGGACCCAAUAAAAUAAUUCUUACGCUGGAGGAUUUGACUUUUAUUCACACACAGAGCAGGAAGAAGGUGGCUGAUGAUAGCAGAACCAGUCUGCUGGGGAGAAGCGUAAGUGACAUGAGGACACCUCGUCAUUCGAUAUCUGGAAAGAGCAUGAUGGCCGCCACUCCCCACAACACAAAUGUAGGGGUGUAUGAGGGGGACUGGGUUUGGGUAAAAAAGUUCCCCGGUGAGAAGCACGGAGAGAUCCGACCUGCCACGAAGAACGUCUUCUGUAUGCUUCGUGAGCUCCGACACGAGAACGUUAACCUAUACCUGGGACUAUUUCAUGACAUGGGUGUACUAGGAGUAGUAUCAGAACAUUGUUCCCGGGGGAGUCUGGAGGAUCUUAUUCAGAACCAGGACAUGAAGCUGGACUGGAUGUUCAAAUCCUCGCUACUGCUCGAUCUCAUUAAGGGCUUGAAAUUUCUCCACCAUCGUGAGAUUUCGCAUGGGCAUCUCAAGUCACGAAAUUGUGUUGUUGAUGGGAGAUUUGUACUUAAAGUCACGGACCAUGGAAUGAAUGAAUUGUAUGAUGCCCAGAGGCUGUCCCUAGCUGAGCCAAGGCCUGAGGACCUAUUGUGGACUGCGCCGGAGCUUCUCCGAGACCCUCUACUGUGUGAGAGAGGCACCUACCGAGGGGAUGUCUACAGCUUUGCUAUAAUAACACAAGAGGUUAUUAUACGGGGUUCUCCAUACUGUAUGUUAGAGCUGUCCGCUGAGGAAAUAAUACGCAAGGUCCGUCGCCCACCCCCUCUGUGCCGUCCAUCUGUUUCCUUGGAUCAGGCGCCUCCAGAAUGUAUCCAACUAAUGAAGCAAUGUUGGAGUGAACAUCCAGAGAGAAGACCCAAUAUUGACCAGGUCUUUGACCAGUUUAAAACCAUAAACCGUGGACGCAAGACAAACAUUAUUGACUCAAUGCUCAGAAUGUUGGAGCAGUACUCUAGUAACUUGGAGGACCUCAUCCGGGAGAGAACUGAAGAGCUAGAGAUCGAAAAGCAGAAGACAGACAAGCUGCUCACUCAAAUGCUUCCCCCGUCAGUUGCUGAAGCUCUGAAGACUGGUGUACCAGUGGAACCAGAACAUUUUGACCAAGUCACGAUCUACUUUAGUGACAUCGUAGGGUUCACCACUAUAUCCUCCCUGAGUGACCCCAUUGAGGUUGUUGACCUUCUCAAUGACCUUUAUACAUUAUUUGAUGCCAUUAUUGGUUCCCAUGAUGUCUACAAGGUGGAAACUAUUGGUGAUGCUUAUAUGGUGGCUUCAGGUCUUCCCAAGAAAAAUGGUAACCGUCAUGCAGCGGAGAUUGCAAACAUGUCUCUGGAUAUCCUUAGUUCUGUUGGGUCCUUUAAGAUGAGACAUAUGCCAGAGGUUCCGGUACGAAUCAGAAUCGGACUCCAUUCAGGACCAUGCGUAGCUGGAGUGGUGGGACUAACAAUGCCACGAUAUUGCCUCUUUGGUGACACCGUCAAUACCGCUUCCCGUAUGGAAUCCACCGGACUACCGUAUCGCGUUCACGUCAACGUCAGUACUGUGAACAUCUUGAGAUCUUUGCAGGAGGGAUACCGGAUAGACGUGAGGGGUAAAACCGAGCUUAAGGGGAAAGGAGUUGAGGACACUUACUGGUUGGUGGGAAAAGAUGGAUUUAACAAGCCUCUCCCAACCCCCCCAGAUGUAUUACCUGGGAGCGGUAACCACGGUAUCAGCCUAGAAGAAAUUCCAGAAAGAAGAAGGAAGAAACUCGAAAAAGAGAGGGACAUCGUCAAGAAGCAGAAGAUGAAGUAACCCAUCUCGGGUUUGGCUCAUCUCA